AUAUCAUAUUUCUCAUGUGAAACUUCAUGAAUAACAUGACUCCAAAAAAUUUCUACUUAGAUGAUUUGUCACAUAAAACAAAGGAAUUUGUUGUGUAGGAAAAAUAAUUUAUCAUUCAAUACAAUAGCUUAAAUAAAAUAAGUUCACAUUUUCUACAACAAAACCAGUGCCAAUCAUUUCAGAUCACACACACACAUCACAUCAUAUACACUCAAGUUUUCUUCUUUUACAGUAUCCUUUCUGAGUUCUGAGUGUAGUUUGUCAUGGACAAUGAAAGUACCGAACCAUUCGAAUUUUCAACUCAUCUUCUUUCUUCCAUUUGCGAAGAUGCUAGUUCAGUACCAACUAGUAUUCUUAUACUUAGCACCCUUGUUGCUGUCUCUGGUUCUUACGUUUUUGGCUCUGCUGUCGGGUAUUCAUCCCCUGCUCAAUCUGGAAUCAUGGAUGACCUCAAUCUUGGCGUAGCCGAGUAUUCAGUUUUUGGUUCAGUACUGACAAUUGGAGCAAUGGUUGGAGCCAUUGGUAGUGGCAGCAUAGCAGAUUAUGCAGGUCGUCGACUUGCCAUGGGGUUGUCACAGCUAUUCUGCAUCUUGGGAUGGCUUGCCAUAGCAUUCUCAAAGGUUGCUUGGUGGCUUUAUAUUGGAAGACUAUUGUUAGGAUGUGGAAUGGGCCUUCUAUCUUAUGUGGUACCGGUUUAUAUUGCUGAAAUAACACCCAAGGAUCUUCGAGGGGGAUUCACCGCAAUUCAUCAGCUAAUGAUUUGUUUUGGAGUAUCGUUAACUUAUCUUAUCGGAGCAUACUUGAAUUGGAGGGUUUUGGCUCUAAUAGGAACUAUUCCAUGUCUUGCACAGCUUCUGAGUCUAUACUUUAUUUCCGAGUCUCCUAGGUGGCUGGCAAAGGUUGGUCUCUUGGAAAGGAGUGAAUCUGCGUUGCAGCACCUUAGAGGAAAGAAUGCUGAUGUUUCUGAAGAGGCUAUUGAAAUUAUAGUAUAUAAUAAGCGUUUUUCCAUUAGUGUUGAUUUGAAGGAAUUUACAGAAGUCUUUCAAGAGCAAACAGAAGCUAGCAUGAUUGGAUUAUUUCAAUUACAGUAUUUGAAGUCACUUACUGUAGGAGUUGGCCUGAUAGUACUACAACAAUUUGGAGGGGUUAAUGGCAUUGCUUUUUAUGCAAGCUCUAUAUUUGUGUCUGCUGGGUUUUCCAGAAGUAUCGGAACAAUAGCAAUGGUUAUUGUUCAGAUACCAAUGACAGCAUUGGGAGUAAUUUUGAUGGAUAAAACCGGAAGACUGCCACUUUUACUGAUCUCUGCAUCAGGAACAUGCUUAGGAUGCUUCCUUGUAUCUCUGUCAUUCUUUUUGCAGGAGUUGCAUAAGUGGAAAGAGUUCAGUCCUAUUCUCGCACUCGUCGGUGUAUUGGUAUAUACGGGAUCGUUCUCACUUGGCAUGGGAGGAAUACCUUGGGUUAUAAUGUCCGAGAUAUUUCCCAUCAAUGUGAAGGGAUCUGCUGGAAGCUUUGUAACAUCUGUUCACUGGCUGUGUUCUUGGAUUAUAUCAUAUGCUUUUAACUUCCUCAUGAGUUGGAGUUCAACAGGAACUUUCUUCAUGUUCUCUAGCAUAUGCGGCCUCACCAUUCUUUUUAUAGCAAAACUAGUACCGGAGACUAAGGGGCGUACGCUUGAAGAAGUUCAAGUGUCUCUGAAUCGAUAUCCAACAAAGAGAUGAAUUUGACAUGACCCUGUAAGAGAAUUGCAUGCAUAAUAAAUCCAACAAAAAUGGUUGUAUAUUAUAGUGGUGUGCAUAGAGGUUCCGGAAACAAAAUUGUUCAUGUUGUGUUUUCAUUCACAAGAUUUGAAUAAUACCAUUUUCAAAAGGGAGCGUUUCUCAUUCUUUAAAUAAA